GCGCGAUUGAACGCGAGCCAGCCGAGCAGCGAGACCGCGUGAGGGGGGGAAAAAAAGGGGGGGGCGCCUUCGACCACUUGCCGGCACCCUCGCGAAAGGCUAUCGGUGUCCAAGCAUUCCCCACCUGGGGAGGCGUCAGAAACAUGACAACUGAAAAGAGUUUAGUGGCAGAGUCUGAGACUCCUAAACAGCAGCCCCCAAAGGAGGAGGAGGUAGUUACUGAAACUGAUCCCCAGGAAUCUUUUGUGGAGAAAGCACCCGAGGGGGAUAAUCCGUCCAAGAAGAAACUGAAAGCAUCCAAUGGUGACACACCCACCCGAGAGGACCAGAGUAAGAACAAAGAAUGCAGUUCUGAAACUCGUGGCCUGUCACGCUUAUUUUCAUCACUUCUCAAGAGGCCCAAAUCUCAGGUAUCGGAAGAAGAAGGCAACGGGGCAGGAACAAAAGAACUUGGUGAAGAACUCCAGAAAGAGACUGAUAUAGAAGCUGAUCUCAAUGAAGAGAUUUUGCUGAAAGCCCCAAUAGCAGCUCCUGAACCUGAACUUAAGACUGAUCCAUCUUUAGAUCUUCACUCACUCAGCAGUGCAGAAACUCAGCCUGCUCAAGAGGAUAGGAGAGAAGAUCAGGAUCAAGAUCCAGAGAACUUAGAUCUUGAAAUUAAGGAAGAAAAAGAGCAGGUGGAGUGUUCCAAUACAGGUGAAAAAAAAGAAAACAAGGGAAAGGUGGAAAAAGAAUUAAAAAGUGCUCCCAAAACUGUAAGACGACCCCGAAAUAGCAUGCAUUGCAAGAUUACCUUACUGGAUGAUGCAAUUUUUGAGUGUUCUGUGGAUAAACAUGCCAAAGGACAAGAUCUUCUUAAGAAAGUAUGUGAUCACCUCAACCUUUUGGAAGAGGACUAUUUUGGACUGGCCAUAUGGGAUACCCCAACGUCUAAGACAUGGUUGGAUGCUGCCAAAGAGAUAAAAAAACAAGUUCAUGGAGGUCCAUGGAUUUUCACUUUCAAUGUCAAGUUUUAUCCUCCAGACCCAGCACAAUUAACAGAAGAUAUAACAAGGUAUUAUUUGUGUCUCCAGCUAAGAAAAGAUAUUAUUAAUGGGCGGCUUCCUUGCUCCUUUGCUACGUUAGCUUUGCUGGGUUCCUACACAAUCCAAUCUGAGUUAGGAGACUAUGAUACAGAUCUACAUGGUGCAGAUUAUGUCAGUGAAUUUAAACUGGCCCCAAACCAAACAAAAGAACUAGAAGACAAGAUCACAGAAUUACAUAAAACAUACAAAUCUAUGAGUCCAGCUCAGGCUGAUAUGGAAUUUCUUGAGAAUGCUAAAAAGCUGUCAAUGUAUGGAGUUGAUCUUCAUCAAGCCAAGGACUUGGAAGGUGUAGACAUCACUCUAGGAGUCUGUUCCAGUGGUCUUCUUGUCUACAAAGAUAAAUUGAGAAUCAACCGUUUUCCUUGGCCCAAAGUGUUAAAGAUUUCUUACAAGCGCAGCAGCUUUUUUAUCAAGAUCCGGCCUGGCGAGCAUGAACAAUAUGAAAGUACUAUUGGCUUCAAACUUCCUAGUUACCGAGCAGCUAAGAAAUUGUGGAAAGUCUGUGUUGAACACCACACAUUUUUCAGAUUAACAUCAACUGAAGCGCUCCCCAAGAGCAGAUUCUUGGUGCUGGGUUCUAAAUUUCGUUACAGUGGCCGGACACAAGCUCAGACCAGGCAAGCUAGUGCCCUCAUAGAUAGGCCUGCACCUCAGUUUGAACGAACAGCAAGUAAACGUGCUUCUAGAAGCCUUGAUGGUGCUAAACGUGGCUCUCAAAAAAUUCAGUUCAAACUCGUAGAGGAGGAGAAGCAGGAGGAUGUGGUGUUGGUUGGGGUUCCGGAAUCAGAACCCGUGGAACAAUUUCAGGAGAAGCCAGCUAUGCAUGUUCUUGACAUAAGUACAAUAAAAGAAGAGGAGAAAGAAGAAAAAUCAGUUGUACAGGAUCUAGAGCCAAAAUCGCUAUUACUUGAAACAAUUCAGGAAGAGUCAGCAGUAGCAGUGGUUACACCUGAUAGAAGCCCGCGGCCUACAUCUGCACCAGCUAUUGCUCAGAGCCAUGUUACUGAGCCAACUGUACCAGUUGCAUCUAUCAGCAAAGAACCAGCAGUUCUUAAAACUGAAAAGGAAACAGAAAAAAAAGAAGUAAAACUUGAAGGAACUUUGCAAGAUAAAGCCAAAGCAGAACCAGCUGAAGGAUUUCAGGUGGGGAAAAUGCAUAUAAAAAUGUCAAUACCCAGCACAAAUGGCGACCAAAAUCAGCAGCGUGCAGAAAAAGAGGAAGACCCGAUAAGAAUGAGGAAGAAAAGAUCAAAGAGACUAGAUGGUGAAAACAUUUAUAUAAGACAUAGCAAUUUAAUGUUGGAGGAUCUAGAUAAAACCCAAGAAGAAAUAAAGAAGCAUCAUGCUAACAUCAGUGAACUGAAGAAAAACUUCAUGGAAUCUGUUCCUGAGCCACGGCCAAGUGAAUGGGACAAACGCCUCUCUACUCAUUCUCCUUUCAGGACGCUUAACAUCAAUGGACAGAUUCCCACAGGAGUAGAAGGAGUCAAGAAAGCCACAUUUCAGCCCUGUGAGAGACAGGUCGCUGGGCCAGAGAGUGUGCGUGACUGUCCCUUCAAAGAGGAUGCAGAUGAUGUGACAGAGGGGAAAAAUAUUGCCUCUCACUUUGAAUGGGAGGUUUCAAAGCAUUCAGUAGGCUUUAGUGAGAGCCAAAUGUCAACCACACUGGCGUCUACACAAAUUCAUGAAUCAGACUCUUUUUCAAUAAGCAGCAAGGAGCAGAAAGAGGAGGGUGCCACUGCUCUUCUUGAGAGCAAGGAAGAUCUAAGGUGUGAAAAGGGAUUUUGCUCAAAUAUGGAAAAGGAAGCUGAGGAUUCUAAACAGGCUGAGGUGGAAAUAUCUGUAAUCCCUGUUUCACCUCCAUUGUACCUCCAUGAGCAAGAGGAGGAAGCCUGUGGUGUUGAAGAAACAAAAUUUACCAGCAAGCCACUUAGAGAGCUAAAUGGAGAAUAUUACAAUCCAAAUGUUGAUCAUGAAUUUCCUGCUCUCAUUCGCUGUUUCCAGCCCCCCCUUGUGAAAACUCAGACCGUUACCAUCUCUGAUGUGUCUAAUACUGUGAAAAGUGAAAUUCCAACUAAAGACGUUCCAAUUGUCCACACAGAGACCAAGACUAUAACUUACGAAGCUGCACAGAUUGAUGAUGGCAGUGGGGAUUUAGAUCCUGGAGUUCUCCUAACUGCUCAGACGAUCACUUCAGAGACCACCAGCAGCACUACGACCACACAGAUAACGAAGACUGUAAAAGGUGGAAUUUCAGAAACACGAAUUGAAAAACGAAUUGUCAUCACAGGAGAUACAGACAUUGAUCAUGAUCAAGUUCUUGUUCAGGCCAUCAAAGAAGCUAAAGAGCAACAUCCAGAUAUGUCUGUGACCAAGGUCGUCGUUCAUCAGGAGACUGAGAUUGCAGAAUAAAUAGUUUAUACCAGGUGAUGCCUGCUUCAUUCUUUGAAGGCCACCCAAGACAUACCAGCAGAACUACAAAGGAACUUUCAAACACCAUGACCUCAAACUUGCCAGAUUUAUUCUCAAUCACACAUUCUAUCAUUUAUUGUUAGGAAGUUAUGCUUUUUGAUGUUUACUUGGAAUUAUCUUUAAUACUAUAUGUCCCUUUUCAUUGUUUUUAAUAUUGUGACCGACAAUUUGCCAUAUUUUACAUGUGCUGAUGUGCUUUUUUUUUUUUUUUUUAAUCAUUUUUUUCCCAUUUCCUUUUCCUUUGCCAUUUUCUGAAUCUGUAUUAAGAUGUCAAAAAGAGUACACAGGGCUUAUCAAAAAUGUUGCCUUUAAGUGUGAUGAUAUUCACCUUUCUGUUCCUCAAGUAGCUUGCAUUCUCUCCUACUUUUUGAAUAGGUUACCGUGUGGUAUAUCAGUGACUUACAAGUAGCCUCCCUUGUCAGAAAAAUCACUGUGUGCAAAACUUUAAUUUGAUUGGUUGAUCUAUAAAAUGUCCAGAGUAUCCUAACCACAGCAUACUUGGCUUGUGGAUUUCCUUCGCUUUUGUGGAUAUGUCUGUCUUUAGAUGCUUGAACAUAUCCGGAGGUUGUGGUGUUUAUAUAAGUAAUUCAGUAGUUGCCUAGGUUCAGGGACAAUGGAAGUUGCUUUUUUAUACUGUGAAUUGUAAAGCUUUUAAAUGAAUUGUGGUAAGUCAUUCAACUCUCAUCUGCUCUUUUCUCCCUCCACCUUUGUUUUGCUUCCCAGUCCUUGGUAGGUGUUCCUUGUAAUCCUAUCUGCUGUUUAGCCCCAUUAAGCUAUGAGUUUAAGAGUAAGAGACCCUGAGCACAAUUAAGUUAGGCUGUGAUUUUAUCAUGGUGGGUUUUUUUUUUUACCCAUAUUCAUUUGUAGGUUUGGGUGGAGGGUUUUGUUUUUUGUUUGUUUGUUUGUGCAAGGUGGGGGGGCAAAAGGCAAAGAUUUAAAAUCAUACCUUUUAAACAAAAGUUAAAUUUAGAGCUCUGGCAAUGUAUCUGGAUAAGGGGUGUAAUUCCUAUUCAGUUGUUAAAGACAAUCUGGCAUUCUUUUCAUGAAGAUGGUAUCAAAGGCUAUCAGUCAGAAUAGGGUCUUGUUUCCUCAGUGAAAAGUUAUUUGGAGAGGGAAUAUAUUAAUUUCCAUCAGAAGACAGUACUUUGUCGUUUUUCUUGAGGGGGCAACCCUAACCAUGGUGCACUGGUGCUGUAUUUCCCUUGUUUCCUUUAGAUCAUUUAGAAUUUCUUAUAAAAGAACUUGCUUUCCCUCAAAAACAACAACAAUAACAACAACCCACGAACAGAGGUUGUUGCAUUUGGUAAAUGAUGCCCUUAGCUUUUUCCACUGUUAACAUUAGAAUGAAAGAGUAGAACUCAGCAUUGGGUGCUGUCCUCAGCACCUUAAUACUGUAUGUAUUGUCAUCAUAGAAAAAUACAGUAUGUACCACCUGGGGAAUAUGUUCAGAGAAAGAGCAAUAAGUAAUUUAUGAAAGGGGUCAGUGGGAAUUUUUUUAAAAAAAGAUAAUACUGAUUUUACAUUACUUUCAAACAAAAGUCAAAUAGGACUACUCUUUUUCAAAAUACUUCACUUUUCUAUGUGUAUUGCAAUCUGCAUGUUAAAUUAUUGGACUCCAAUUUGGAAUUCCCAUCUUUCAAAAAUAGAUAGACCAUUACUUAGCUGGAUGGUUCUUUUUCCUAAAAUAUGUGAAGGCUCUGUAAAGAUACAACAAGAAGCAGCUCUACCUUUUCUUAGAAGAACUCAAUUUCAGUAAAUAAAAGCUUUCAUUUACUAUUUGAAAUAAUGCUACCCUGUCAUACUGCAUGUUCCUUUCCCUCUCAAAUGUGAGUGCAUUUUGAUUAAAGAGUCAGUAGGAAUAUUUUAGGAUUGAAAGAUUUAAAGGUAGUGGUAUGUGAAACAUUUUGAAUACAAAACAUCCCAUUUGAGCUUGAAACCACAAUUUUACAUUCAAAAUGAAGUGUUUGUAACAUUUUAGAAGUGUUUUGAGAUGGAAUGCUGUUCGAUCAGUUUUGUUUUAAUAUGCUCUGGACAUUACAUCAUGUUUCCAAUGAUUGCUGAUUGAUGCCAGAGGGAAGCCCAUUUAGAAACAGAUCCUCCCCCACCC